GAGAAGACUCACCAGGGAAGAUGGCGACCGCAGGGUCCGCCGAACGGCCUGGCAGACCGGCUAGCGCCGCCGCCGCCGCCGGCAAGUACCGGUCCGGGUCUGGGUCCGGGUCCAGCCCUCCGGAGAACGAGGCGAAGAAGUGCUCGGCGCGCGCGGAGGGGCAGCCCGGCGGCAGCCCGCCCUGCGGACACCCGGCCUGUCCGCCGUGCCGAGCCCAGAGACACUCCGGCAGCGGAGAGCGGUUCCGGAGGAGGAGUGACCCCGAGAGGAGCAGCAGCAGGCCGGGCAGGAGGGACUGCGACAGCCGGAGAGAGUUCUUCGUCUCUCCUGCUCUCAUCCCAAAAUGUGACGCUCCAUCAGGACCAACAGGGAAACACAAGCUGCUGUUGUCUGAGGACAGAGAGGAGGUGAAGAGGAGGAACUGUAAGGACGAUGAAGAGCCUGGAGUUCUGUCAGACUCAGAGAACGAGGAGCCGAUCAGCAGGAGGAUCAGAAACAUCUCGGCCUUCGUCAGGAAAACCAAAAACUCGGUAGCCUUCACAGGUGGUUCUCGGAGGAGUCAGAGCUGCACCGACCCGGUGGAGGACCGAGGAGGGAAGCUGAAGGUCAUCGCGCAGCCAGCCCUCAUGGACAGAGUCGGCAUCAGUCACAGUUACACAGCAGGAAUCCUCCUCUCCUCGGAGAACAGUCGCUCGGUCUCCGCUCCCAUCACCGCUCCUGACCGAAAGCUCACCUGGCGAGCUGUCGUCUCAUCAUCAUCAACUCCACUGGGCCUCCCUCCGCCCAGACCCGAGCGUUCCAUCAGCCCAGAGAGCAAUGACAGCAUCUCCGAGGAGCUCAACCACUUCAAACCCAUUGUCUGCUCGCCGUGCACGCCGCCCAAACGCCUGCCUGAUGGCCGUCUGGUGGAACCCACCAUUGUGAAGUCCACGCCAAGGAACCUGACCCGCGGCUUGCAGAAGGCCACCAGCUAUGAGGCCAGUCCCGCUGUCUUGCAGAAGUGGAGGCAGAUUGAACUGGACCGGCAGAGCCUCAAAGUGAACUCCAAGGCGACGCUGACGAGCCCUGUCAGCGAGCUCCACAACAAGAACGGCGGGGGUGAGGAUGCAAAAACCCAUCAGUCGCUGGCGGGACAGGAUGGAGACGGAGUGACGUCUGUCAACAAGAGGAGGCUGCUGUUCGACCCCCCGGCCGUAGACAUGGACACCUUCCAGAAACAGUCCGUAAAGAUACGGGUCCCUGCAAUCCGCUACAGCAGUGAGGCGACAUUCAGAGGAAGUUCGGACUUUGAGCCGGCAGUCGGUGCUCCUGAAUCCUGCAGUGGAGGAGGAGCGCUUUUUAGUCGGAAACAGUCGUUCUCACCGUACACUAAGAACUCUGGGUUCCAGUCGUGUAAAUUAGUGCCAAAGGACUCUCAGAGUCCGAGGAAGGAGUCCGACAGUAGCCUCCACAACCAGUCUACCUCAAGGAGGGGCAAGAAGCGGGAACAGAAGACCAAACACCUGGACUCAGAGCGGGACUCAGACCUGAAAAGGAGCCGGUCGGUCAGCCAGGAGGCCUUCGACGAGCGGUACAUCCAUCAGAUCCAGCAGGAGCGUCAGGACCGAGCGCUCGCCCUGAAGCUGCAGAGACAGUUUGACCUGGAGAACCAGACCGCCAACCGCCGCAGGAGCCCCGACAAGUACUUCCUGCGGUCCUGGAUGUCCAAUCAGAACCGCAGGAGGCGCGGCCUGAGGAGAUCACGACGAAUCAACAAGAAGCACUAGAGAGGAGUCGUCUGCUGACUCGGCACAAAGACAGACAGAACGUGGUUCAUAUAUGCAAAGUCAUGAACGGUUUGAUGAAAAGUAUGAAUGUUUUUACACGACAACAGUGAAACUCUGUUGAGGAAAAAGGUCAUAAACUCUGAAACAUUUCCUCCAAAUGUUGUUUCUUUUGAUCUGUUCACCAGCAAAUCACCAAAAACUGAAUGAAAAUCAGCUGCAGCCUGAAAUCUGAACUCUCAUCACGUCUCCGGAGGACAAACAAACUUUCCAUAGAUUCAGUUCAUUUAACAAAAAUCCAGACUGACUCAUACAACCAGAUUGUGGCUGUAAAAUCAACUUACACAGGGGCAACAUGCGUUAACACCUUUCACACCUGUGACCGGUCCCUGUUGACUCUCCCCAGACCCAGAGACCAUCUGGCUGUAGACCUGGUCCAGGUCUUCUGUGUGUUGGUCAGGUUGUUUCAUUAAAGAACGUCCACAAAGAGUUGAACAUGGACGAAACAAUCGGAGCUCCUAACACAGCAGCUUCAGGCCUCCAGAGUUUUUAGGUCACUGGAGGUCUGAGGCCAUCAAUGGUUUUAGGCUUCAGGGGCAACCAGAGGUCUGAGGCUUCAGGGGCUGCCAAAGGUCUCAGGCCUCUUAAAGUCUUAGACUCCAGGGCCCAGUGGAAGCCUCCAGAGUUGUUAGGUCAUUGUAGGUCUGAGACUCCAGGGUCCAGUGGAGGUCUUUGGCCUCAGGGGCUGCCAAAAGGCUGAGGCCACUGGAGGUCUGUGGCUUUAGGGGCCACCAAAGGUUGAGGCUUCUGGGGCCACUGGAGGUCUGAGGUUUCAGGAUCCACUAUCUGUUGUUACUGGGCUCCCUCUGCAGGUGACAGUCUUCCAGUCUGAAUGUUUGUCAGACAGUCUUUGAACAUGUUGAAGCUGUGGACUCUGCUCUGUGAGCGCUGAGGCUCAUGGGUACUGUAGUCCUUUAGGAGUCCACAGACUGAACAGGAGGCGGAACAGGAGACAGGAGUCAGUUUGGUGUUUGGGGUCAGGAUGGACACAAACGGGGCUCAACCUGUAGGAGGGGGAGGAGUCAGUGUUUUAACGCCUGAGGCCGUAUUCACAUUAUUUGAUUCAUGGAAACAAAAACACAAUCAGAUCUAACCUGGAAAGUUCUGGAUCAGGACCUCCAGGAUUCACCUGGUUAAUUCACACUGAAGAUAAUCUGGACAUACGAUGAUGACACAGGAAGGAAAUGUGGUUGUUCAAACUGUUUAACAGCAGUGAAACAGACAAGGAAGGAAAAAUACUUCAGGACAUGAACACAAUUAAAAUGAAUAUUGUCUAUAAGGCAGCAGAAUUCAGAUCGUUCAGUAGAGUCCUGAUCCCUCAGAGUGACAGCACUGUAGGCUUUAUGAUUAAUACAUAGCAGGUGGUAAUGACUGUAAAGUGUUGCUCUGUUUAUUAAUGUAAAAUAAUCAGUCUCAUAAAGAUGAACUACAAAAGCUCAUUUCACCAAUUUGAUGGAAAAAAUACACUUUAAAGCUAUAGUGCGUAACUUCUGUCGCCUCCCAGCGGAUAACGCGUUAUUACAACUAAUAAGCCGGCGGCACUUCCAUGU